CUCUGAAAAUUUAUACUCACUCUCAGACUCUCAGUCUCAGCUGUCUAUCUUCAAUGGCGUCGACCAAGAACGAAGGCGGGGGUCGUACGGACAUCCCUACGACGAACGGAAAGGAGGCGACACAGGCCCCGGAGGGGGAGAGGACUCCGGUGGAGGAGGUGGCGCUGGUGGUGCCGGAGACCGACGACCAAACACUUCCUGUGAUGACUUUCCGAGCAUGGUUUCUGGGAAUCAUUUCAUGUUCUCUCCUCAUAUUUCUCAACACCUUCUUCUCCUACCGCACGCAGCCGCUCACCAUAUCCGCCAUUCUCAUGCAAAUUGCGGUGCUGCCCGUCGGAAAAUUCAUGGCUUCGACUCUUCCAAGGAGGGAGUUCAAGGUUUUCGGGUGGGGUUUCAGCUUGAACCCUGGGCCGUUCAACAUGAAGGAGCAUGUAAUCAUCACCGUAUUUGCUAACUGUGGGGUGUCUUAUGGUGGGGGUGACGCGUACUCGAUCGGCGCCAUUACUGUCAUGAAGGCUUACUACAAGCAGAGCUUGAACUUCCUCUGUGGUCUCCUCAUAGUCUUGACUACUCAGAUAUUGGGAUAUGGAUGGGCCGGGAUGCUGAGGAAGUACCUGGUUGAACCUGCUGAAAUGUGGUGGCCUUCAAACCUCGCCCAGGUUUCUCUCUUUAGGGCACUGCAUGAGAAAGAAUCAAAGUCAAAGGGCCUGACCCGGAUGCAAUUUUUCCUUCUUUUCUUGAUGGCAAGCUUUUUUUACUAUGCCCUUCCUGGAUAUCUAUUCCCAAUCUUAACAUUCUUCUCCUGGGUCUGCUGGGUUUGGCCUCAUAGUAUAACAGCACAGCAAAUUGGAUCAGGUUACCAUGGACUUGGGGUGGGUGCCUUCACACUAGACUGGGCAGGGAUAUCGGCUUAUCAUGGCAGCCCCCUGGUCACACCCUGGUUUUCCAUUCUCAAUGUUGGGGCUGGCUUCAUCAUGUUCAUUUAUAUAAUUGUGCCAGUGUGUUACUGGAAGUUUAACACCUUUGAUGCUCGAAAAUUCCCCAUUUUCUCUAAUCAGCUCUUCACUUCUACUGGGCACAAAUACGAUACCAACAAGAUCUUGACCCCACAGUAUGACCUUAACAUUGCUGCUUAUGAUGGUUAUGGAAAACUCUAUCUUAGCCCCCUGUUUGCCCUCUCAAUUGGGUCGGGUUUUGCACGAUUCACCGCAACCCUCACUCAUGUGGCCCUGUUUCAUGGCAGGGAUAUCCUGAGGCAGAGCAAAUCAGCAAUCCACAAUGCCAAAAUGGACGUCCAUGCGAGGUUGAUGAAAAACUACAAACAAGUACCCGAAUGGUGGUUUCUCAUCUUAUUGAUAGGGAGCAUUGCUCUGUCAAUCAUAAUGUGUUUUGUGUGGAAAGAGGAUGUGCAGCUGCCAUGGUGGGGGAUGCUGUUUGCCUUUGGCUUGGCUUGGAUUGUGACACUCCCUAUUGGAGUCAUUCAAGCAACUACCAACCAGCAACCUGGAUAUGAUAUUAUAGCACAGUUCAUAAUAGGGUAUGUCCUACCAGGAAAGCCCAUUGCCAACCUGCUUUUCAAGAUUUAUGGGCGAAUCAGCACUGUUCAUGCCCUGUCUUUCUUGUCUGAUCUUAAACUUGGGCACUACAUGAAGAUUCCGCCCCGGUGCAUGUACACAGCUCAGCUGGUGGGGACACUGGUUGCUGGUACUGUCAACCUUGCGGUUGCCUGGUGGAUGUUGGGGAGUAUUGAGAACAUCUGUGACGUCGAAACUCUCCAUCCUGACAGCCCCUGGACAUGUCCUAAAUUCCGGGUGACGUUUGAUGCUUCUGUUAUAUGGGGUCUGAUAGGACCACGGAGGCUGUUUGGACCUGGAGGGCUUUACAGGAACCUGGUAUGGCUGUUCCUCAUUGGAGCUGUCUUGCCAGUCCCAGUCUGGGUGAUGAGCAAAAUCUUCCCGGAAAAGAAAUGGAUUCCUUUGAUAAACAUACCGGUUAUAUCUUAUGGCUUUGCUGGUAUGCCACCGGCAACUCCCACCAACAUAGCUAGCUGGCUCAUCACCGGAGCCAUCUUCAACUACUUUGUGUUCCGGUACCACAAGAGAUGGUGGCAGAAAUACAACUAUGUUCUGUCUGCAGCAUUGGAUGCUGGGACUGCAUUCAUGGGAGUUCUUUUGUUCUUUGCUCUGCAGAAUGAGAAUCAUAAUUUGAAGUGGUGGGGAACAAAAUUGGAUCACUGCCCUUUGGCAACAUGCCCAACUCAACCAGGUAUCGUUGUUGAAGGGUGUCCGGUUUUCCAGUAACCAUGUAGCGCCAAAGAUUUGGAUACAAUGUAGAAGAAGGAUGCUAGGGCUGGUAAUAAAAGGAAUUGAACCAACCACUUGGCAUUUUUGGAAAUGCUUGUGAAAGAGAGGGUCAUCCUCUUUAUCAUCAUAUCUAUGUCAGUUAAUAUUUGAUUGCUGGUAAAUGCUCAUAUGUAAGCUAGUGAAUAAGAAGCUACCACCCUCUACCUCCA